UGGCGUGUUCUCUCAGGGGACGCAUUUGAUGAGUUUUCUUUUCUUGCAUUGCACAGCCUCAAACAAAGUGAUGCAACGCACGCGCAGCCUCGACCGAUUUGUUCCAUGCCUGCGCUGUAUUCGUAUUCGCUCGAGAGCCUUGACCCCGUGGCGCUGUGAUUGAUGCAUGCCGAUAUAUCAUGAAACACAUCGACUUCUUUGUUGUCAUGUAAAUCGACCAGGCACUUCGCUCUUUCAUCAAUUGCGUAUGCUCACUCGCUGACUUGAUCCUACAUUCCUUUCUCUCCCGUGUCUUUGUUCACUUGCCCGACCUUGGCUCUUUUCCCCAUCCACCUAGUUAUUCUGCUGAAGCGACACAGUGCAGCCGCCAACCAAAGAAUCAAUCGCCAUGGCUUCAUCCGAAUUCGCAGGAAGCACGACGGCCACCAUGUCUACCGGAUCACCCUCAGUUAAUGUCUCGCGUGAGGCGACAUGGAAGGCCCAAGGAUUCCACGCCUCAUCACGCAAGCCGCAGCCGCACCACCUGGAGAUGGAGGACUACUUCGCCGGCCCUCGCGACAUGGCCCGUCACUCCAAGCUGCCCUUCUUCAUGCGCCUGCACGGCAGCGUCCUGCCCAAGAUGCUCCUCCCGCUGCUGUUCAUCGGCGGCUGGGCAACCGCCAUCACCACAAUCUCAAAGUUCACACGCGUCCACCUGGGCAUCAACUCGCUCCUCUUGACCGUGCUGGGUUUUGUUGUCGGUCUGGCUCUGUCGUUCCGCUCGUCAACAGCCUAUGAGCGCUACAACGACGGACGCAAGUACUGGUCGCAGCUGAUGCUCACCUCUCGCAAUCUGGCUCGUCUGAUCUGGGUCCACGUCGAGGAGAGACACAGUGUGUCGGAAGAGCUGGGAAAACAAGACUUGCUGGCCAAGCUCAGCGCCCUCAACCUCCUCAAUGCCUUUGCUGUUGCUCUCAAGCAUCGCCUGCGCUUCGAGCCCGCCAUCGAGUACCCCGAUCUGGAGCCAUUGGUCGCCCAUCUCGAUCUCAUGGCUGGCACGGCCGACCAAGCCGCUCUGCGCAAGAGAAAGCCUACACCUUGGAAGUCUGCCGGCGAAUACUUGGGCGUGUCCUUUGCCGAGUCCAACCCUCGCAAGCUGAUCAAGCGCGCCAACGACAACCUGGGCAACCCGCCGCUCGAAAUCUUGACGUACCUGUCGUCAUACAUGGAGCAUGUCUUCCAGGAGAAGACCAUGACGGGCCCCAUCCAUCAGACUUGGGCCAUGAACAACAUCGGCUCGCUCGCAGACGUCCUCACCGGUACCGAGCGUGUCCUCAACACACCACUGCCAAUCGCCUACACCAUCUCCAUCUCGCAAAUCACCUGGGCCUAUGUUCUUGUUCUGCCCUUUCAGCUCUACAACUACCUCCAUUGGGUCACCAUUCCUGGCACCAUGCUUGCCGCCUACAUCAUCCUUGGUCUCUCUAAGAUCGGCACUGAAAUCGAGAAUCCCUUUGGCAACGACGUCAACGACCUCCCCCUGGACGACUACUGCCGUGAGCUGGCUGCCGAUAUCGAUGUCAUGACCAGUACGCCCCCACCUCGUGUCGAGGACUGGGCCCAUGCCUCUAACAACCGUGUGCUCCAUCCUCUCAGCGCCACCGGCUUCCAAGGCUGGGAACACAGAAGUCUCGAGGACAUUCGUGAGGCCCUCAGAGCAAAGGCCACCACAACUGUCAGAUCCAUCCACGCUGAGAGACCUGAUACCCCUUUUGCCGAGCCCAAGGUUUCUACCGUUUGAGAUGCUCGAAUGUAGGUAUGCUACGGUCAAUAGUCCUAGCCACGAUCAAAAGUUUUCUUCCUUUCCAUAUCGCCUGCCUCUCGUUGUAUCACUCUGUGCUGUCACUCCACGCUUGACUGUGUUUACCCCGUCAAGAUAACAUAUUUGUUUCUUAUACUUGAUUCUUCAUUCUUUCUGAGCGUGUUUCCUCAAUGAUUCCAACGCUAUACACGUGCACCACAUCAGCUAGAUACCGAACAUCGCGUGUAAAAUCCCAGAUGGUAAAGGCUGUAUAUGAGCAACAACAAUGUAAUGGCUGCUCAAGAGAGGAUGGAUGUGUAUGCAUUUAUGUUUUUCUAGUCGUACCAGAUAGCGUUCAUACCAAAACCAGGCUCCUUGACAUCGCAAUGAGCAACACGGCCAAGGAACUCUUCGUUCCACCUGUAGAUCUCGAUGAAGCCCUUUUCAUCAUCGGUCAAAG